AUGAAUCGAUUCUCGGUUAGGACGUUGUCAGUUUCUCUGCUUCUCUUAUUCCUCUCUCUCUCUGUCAACUGUGAUCCGCUCACAAAGGACGAGAAUGAGAAUCGACUGAAGACGUGUGGAAAAGCAAUUCAAUGUAAGUCCCACGGAUACUUUUCUGUUGCAACAACUUGAAAAACCUUUCAGCAAAAGUGUACCAAGGGCGUGAAGCGGCUCAAUCGGAAGCCCCGUGGUCGGUGUUUGUGAAUGUGCGCCGGGGAGAUCUGAAAGCGACGCAGUACUCGAGCAUCGCGUGCACGGGAACACUCGUCUCCUCCCGCCACAUCCUCACCGCGACGCACUGCUUCGCGGAGAUCAGCGACGCCGGCUGGGACACCAUCAUCGAGGCGACUCACGAUCCGAGCAACUGCCGAGGAAACGACUAUGUGAUUGAGGAUUCGGAGUGGCUGAAAAGGAUCAGAGUGGUGUCGAACAAGAAGCGAAUCGCCCGUCAUCCGGAGAGAGUCACCCUGCUCGGAACCUGUAUUCCACGGCAGAUCGCGAGCGGAUCGCGGGCGGCGUACACUUUCGACGACAUUGCGAUUAUCGAUCUGUACGAAGAGGUCGAGUUUAAUGAGAAUAUCCACUCCGCGUGUGUCUCCAGUGAGUUCGAACGUAUCUUCAAUUCGACUCUUUCAUUUCAGACAGCACCAUUGAGAAUAAGAACGGCACCGAACUGGAAUACUUUGGUUUCGGGCUUAAUCGUGAGUGUCAUCACGCCAUCGACUCCCAAACAAAUGCAUAAUUUCCAGCGAAAGCAGCCGGAGAAGCGCCGGAUCCAGCGGGUAAAACUGGCACAUUGCGAUACGAAAACAUCAAAGUGUUCAAGAAAAAUUACAUCUUCACGCUGCCCGAUUACUACUUCACAGCCGCAAAUCCCGAGCACAAAACGGUCACUUGCCAGGGAGACAGUGGCGGAGGAUCAGUCUCGAGGGAGGACGGCAGGACCACUAUUGUCGGAGUCCUUUCGCAGAGUGAGUCAUCUGUUUUUGAGCAAUGAAAACUCGAACCGUACUCAGCCACGUGUCACGUCGUCGGCGCCUCGAUCAAGAACGCGACGGAGCUGUACGCCUCUGUCGGUUUCUACGCGGAGACGAUCUGCGAGCACACGGGCAUCUGCGCCAGUUCGGACCGUCACGAGAAGCACCACAAGGACUAUGUCCGGAAAGCGAAACCGAUUCGGACGACGGAGGCGCCGAAGAGCCGGAGGUUGAACGACCAGAUGCAGGGGAUUCCGGACGGCAAGCGGAAGAGUGUGGGAAGGCGUCGGAACGGAGGAGGAGCAAGAAGAAGAAGAAGUUUCCAAGGAAUUGUGCUCAGUUGUGUGCUUUUUUUAAAGAUGAUAUUGAGAAUGAACAUGUAA